CACCUUACAAGAGCUCACCACAUGCAUUUGCUUCGUGGAGCAGGAAGCUGGUAUCGCAGCCUGAGCAGGGCAAUACCUUCGAACUUGGAAGCUGUCUGAGGGACCUGAGGAAGGCAGAACGGUUCACGCUGUACCUAGUGCCAUUGGCGACUUUCAAAGCUUCAGAAAAGGUUCCAAAAUUGGGCGCAACGCUGUCAUUUUAUGUCAACAACUCUGUGGCACAUGUGGUGAAAGAGUUUCACCUCGUGUUGGUCGUUUUGCAAAGCAUGGCAAGCACAAGUGGGAGGGAUGAAGAAGAGGACAGUCUUCUCGACCUUAUGGCAAGUGCCAUGAUCAAUCAGCUCAAAGCAAAAGACAGAGGGAAGAAAGUGCAGAAGACUGGGUCCAAGCAAACACUGGAGGGUGCAGCUGGCCAAAAAGGGGGCGAGGCCAACUUCAUCUCUGCAAAGGACGAAGAUGAAGCCGCCCUUGAGGCUGCCCUGGCGUCGAAGCAGCUCAGCUGGAUGCCUGACCUGGGGCUGGUAGCUUCUUCAGAAGGCACCGGGCUCAAGAGCGGACAGCUAGAAUCCAACAAAAAGCUGCUCAAAAUACCGUCUCUUAUAGAAAAAGACGGGCCCCUGCCACUUAGGAACCCGCGGAAGGAGAGGAGGGAGGCACAAAAAGCGAAGGCACAAACCGCUGGGCCAAAGUGGUUUGACCUGCCUGCCACUCCAAUCACACCGGAAGUGAAGAGAGACUUCAGACUCUUGAAGCUUCGAGGGGUCCUCGAUCCAAAGCGGCACUACAAGGCACCGGACUCCACGAAGUUCCCCAAGUACUUCCAGAUAGGGACUGUUGUUGAGGGCCCCACAGAAUUCUACUCCGGGCGCUUGACCAAGUCGGAACGCAAGCCAUCACUUACUGCGGAGCUGCUUGCCGAUGACAAAUUGAAAAGCUACAGGAAACGGAAGUACGGUGAAAUCCAGCAAGAAAAAGAGUCCGGGGGGAAGAAAUGGUUCAAGAAGAAAAAGAACAAGCAGAAGCCAAACUGGGCCCGCUCGUAGUGUUCUCAAAUUGGAUAGUUCCAGACAUGCAGUCUGCCCUGCCUCGUCGGAUCUUAACUGCUCGCUUGAAUUCGGCGGUUGAAGGCAUCCAAUGUGUCCCGACAUCCUGACACACCGGUUAAGAUCAUCCAGUUAAGCAUGUGCAGUGCUCUGCUUCCGCCUGAGAUGCUGCCAAUGGGGCUGCGCCCCUCUCCAUGGAAGGCCUCAAGCUCUCUCCCUCACCGCCACCAUGGUGUGGCUCAGUUCUGUCCCAGCCUGCCCUCCGCCCAUCCACUUCAGCUCGUUUGAGUUUCACUCCGCUGAUUUCUUGAGUUAACUUCACUCCAAAGUGACGGUCACGGUUCUUGUACUAGCACCCUGUUCAGCAAUAUAACAACACGAAU